GAUAGCGGCAACAGAACGGGGGGAUGUUAAGCAUGCGUGACACACUAGAGAGAUGAGGAAAUUUCAUAUUCCGGAGGAACGGAAAGAGGCUGUGCCGGUUGCUUAUUGACGAAGACAGCGUCGUUGUGAACGGUCGGCGAAAGCGUUGUUCCGUAGUCGUAUCCACGGCAUGGAGACACACAGGAGGCAAGAGCCGACGAGGCAGCGAUACCAAGCGAACGCUCGAGAGAGAGAUCGCACUCAUAGCGUUAACACGGCUUUCGUCGCCUUGAGAACUUUGAUCCCGACCGAGCCAGCCGACCGGAAGCUGUCGAAAAUAGAGACCUUAAGACUGGCCAGCAGUUACAUUAGCCAUUUGGAUGCCAUACUCGUCGCGGGUGCCAUAGAUCAACCCUGCACGCGUCUUUUGGAGGGUAGCGGCAUUUAUUCGACAAGACCACAAGUUUGCACCUUUUGUUUGGCCAUGCAUAAAAGAUACAACUUUGAUAUCUCUAAGGAAAUCCCAGACUAUUCAAAUGAAGAGACAAGAUCGUGUGUCUACCUGCCAACGAAUGCGUUUUAAUAUGAGUGAUGUCUAAAGCUUAAGAGUCAAUGGUAUAAUACUUGUAUAUUUUUUUGUAAAUAUUUUGCGCCCACGUGUCUCUUAGUAUUUUAUGAUAAUAAUAACAUACUAAGGGACAUACUGAUAAUAUUUAACAUGUGCGAAUCAAAGUUUUUAAACGCAGAAUCAAAUCAAAGGAGCAUAUGUAUCUUAGCCGAUUUGCAUGCACAGAUUGUUAAAUUCUUUUUUUUUUUUUUUUUUCAUUCAAUUUCAUUUGACGAAUUCAAAAAUUAUUGUUAAAAUAGUCUUAUAAUCCAGGAAAAAUUUUUGGUCGUAAUUUAAACAGGAGAAAGCAAAAGUUGAUUUUAUGACUUUGCAAAAUCAUGCUUACAAACUUUUCAUAAUGUUUUUAUUCUUUUAAAUUGUGACUUAGAUAUACGUGUAUACGAUAUAUUUUUUAAUGAGAUUAAGCGUAUUAAAUUGAAUUAAUUACUUGACUAAAUUUUACUUGAAUCAAAUUCUUACAACACAACUUUUAAUUGACAAUUAUUGUUAAUUUAGUAUAAAUUAUUAUUGAAUUAUAAGGUAUGGAUAAGGGAAAAUGACUAUCAUGUAAGAAAAAUAGUAUUAAUUAAUGAAAGAUGUAAAGUCUUUCUUUCUCACAUUUUAAGUAUGAUUUUCAAUUAUCAAAUAUUGUAUGUGAUUUAUAUUCGAAUAUCUUUGAAAUUUUUGAAUAAUUCUGAUUUGUAUCCGAGUAGUUCGCACAUCUCUACUAAAAAUAGCUCUAUAAAUAUGUAAAAUAUAUAAUUAUUCUUUACUCAA